AACAGGUGCCGUGGCCCCGCCCCCGCCGCCCGUUGCUUGGUAACCGCCCGGGGAUGGUGGCUGCGGCCUUUAAACUCAACCUGCACUGCCCGGGGCGAGCACUCAGCCUCCCCUCCCCCGCCUGGCCCGGAGCGAGCACUCAGCCUGACCUCUCCUACCCCGGGGCCGUCACCAAACUAAAGAAAACGGUACGAACAUAAACCCAGGAUGUCACCAGUCAGUUUGCCGCAAACCACACUGUCUCUUGCCAAAGCUGCAACGGGCGACAUUACUUCUUUUUGUACAGAGGAUAAUAUGGAGCAGUGUGUGGCAUACAUAGAGCAGGAGCUUGCAAAUUUAGGCUACCCUUCUUUACAAACUGCAUCCAAAAACGGAGAAGGAAAAAAGCUGAAUGUGGUUUCGAUUGUGAAUUGUAUUCAUGAGUUACUGCAACGUCACUCCAGAUACCUGCGAGGCAGAGAGGAAGCCGAAAUGCAACUUCUGAAAGUAAAAAGUGAUCUGGAUCAUCUGCAGAGCAUCCACUGCAGGCAAAAAGAUCAGCUAGAGACCACUCGCAGAGAAAAUGCUACCCUGCAAGAGCGUGAACGGCAGGCCCAGUGUAAGAACAGGAGUCUGUUACAGCUGCUGAAAAAUGAGAAGGAAGAGUUUCAGAAGCUGCAGCAUAUCAUUGCCAGUCGUUCUACUCAAUAUAACCACAAUAUGAAAAGAAAAGAGCGAGAGUUCAACAAACUGAAAGAGCGAUUGUAUCAACUUGUGAUGGAUAAAAAAGACAAGAAGAUCUCGAUGGAUGUCCUGAAUUAUGUGGGUCGAGCAGAUGGAAAGCGGUCCGUUUGGAAGACCAGUCGUACUGAAGCCAAGAAUGAAGAGGAGAUGUAUAAGGUUCUGUUGAGUGACUAUGAGAAACGACAAAAAGAUCUCAUGAUGGAAAACGUGGAACUUAAAAAAGUCCUUCAGCAAAUGAAAAAAGAAAUGGUGUUCAUUCUGGGCCCACAAAAAUAUCCCACUGUGGACCAUGCAGAGGACAGCUUGGGAGUGUCCCAGGUCCUUUCUGAUGUCGAUGAAGAUGUUGCUGAUUCUAGCAAAGAGACCAUAUCCGAAUUAUCUUGUGAAACUGUGCGUGCACAACUUAUUGAUAGCAUCCGGCAGCAAUGGCGUAUAGUUAAAAACCACGUGGAGAGACUGGACAGCCAAGCUUCUAUUGUACAAGUGACGUCCCCAGACUUGAAAAAUUUAAUUUCGAGGGAAGACCAUGAACAAGAGGUUGAAAAACUUAAAGAAGAGAUUCAAAGAUGUAAAGAAACCAUUAGAAAUCAACAACAUCUCUUUCAGCAGCAGAUUAAUGUGCCCAGCUAUGACUCCUCAACAAUCCUUCAGGACUGCUACCUUCUAGAGGAUGGGGAACGUCUCCGUGAGGAAUGGCAGUUAUUCAACGAACAGAAGAAAAACUUUGACCGUGAAAGGAGGAGUUUUACUGAAGCUGCAAUCCGACUGGGUCACGAAAGGAAGACCUUUGAGGAGGACAGAGCCAUUUGGCUAAAGCACCAGUUCUUGCACAUGACCGUGUGUUCUGAUCGGAAAAGCUCAGAUCACUGUAAACCUCAAAGUGCCUUAUUUAGUACGGAGCAAGAACAGUAUGUGUCACAAAAUAAAUAUCCGCGCAAACCGCCCGUAUGUCUGGGAGAAUCUGUCAGACUGCUGCCACCUGCCCCGUCCUCCAAACAUCGCCAGCCACAGAGAGACAGCUCUUCCAGAAGUCCUAAUGCAGCAAUUCCCUAAAGUGAGGAUAUACCUUGCGGCCAGUUCAUGCCGUCUGGAUCCAAAAGAAAGGUUCCUGAGACUAGCACCUCUUUCUGUUACAUGACUGUUCUUUCUCCUGGUGAAUAUGUAACAGAAUAACCUGUUUCCUUUC